CUCCCGACGUCGACAGCGUUCCUUCAACCUUGUAACCAGCCCUUCCAGAGUCCAGACAGACACCACUGCAGAACGCAACGCUCACGCUCACGCCCGUGGCGACAGACUCAGUAUGUGAGCGACCGCUGCCCCGCUGGUCCUUGCCCAGAUGCGCUCCGUCCGUGCCGACCUCCAAAAUCGCAGACGCCGGGCCCAGAGUCAGGAAUGCCCCGGUUCGAGUUCGACAACGGCAUCGUGCACAUCACUAUUGACAUUCAACAACCGCCCCUGGAUCGCGGGCUCUUGGACAAGGGCUUGAAGGACCGACUCGACACGUUCCGCACUUUUGUGCCCGCGGGCGACCCGCGCUGGCUCGAGGUCGAAAGGCUUGGGCUCAAGGAUCUGGACAAGGUCAUCGACCUCGGACUCGAGUACUGCUACCGCGACUCUGACGUCGACAAGAAGCUCGCCGCCAUGGCCGGUGUUGUCGAGAAGCUUACUGGGCUCGCCAGCGUGGCAGGUAUCCUCGAGAAUCUUACUGAGAUGCUGCAUGCCAUCGAGACGGGGGAGAUCGGGCCGGGGCCGCCGGCGCGUGUCAAUGCACGGGCAGCAGAGGAAUCAGACUGGGAGGAGGAGUCCGACGACGAGGGAGAGCCCGGGCGAGGCCGGCCCACCCGCAGACAAUGA